AUGAAGUUCACCACCGUCUCAGCUUGCUUGCUCUCUACUGCUAUUCUCACAUCUGCGGCACCGGUUGCCGUUUUAAAAGUUGAGAACGGUAUCCAAGGAUUAUCAAGCGCAAUGCCACGGGAUAUCCCCAACCCUGUUUUGAUUGAUAUUGAAAAACGUGGCGGCCCUGGUGAAUUUCACAACCCAGAUGUUGAGUGGUUAAACAAAUUCUUGGGCGGACUUAACGGCUUCUUUGACGGGAUGAGCAGAUUCUUCGCCGGUCAGCAUUAA